AUGGCUUCUUUCAAGUAUCUGAUAUUCAUCGCCUUGGCCGUGUACUCCGUUUCCGCCGAAGAAGGAGUGAGAGCAAAGAAACACGCCUACAUCGCCGCUGCCCCAGCUCCGAUUUUGAGUUACUCUGCCUCUGCCCCUGGAUCGUUCUCAUACGCUAGUUACACCGGUUACCCGUACAGCUAUCCAGCAACAGCAGCUGCAUACCACGCGCCAGCCGCAUACCCUGCAGCAGCGUACCCAGCAACGGCUUAUGUCGCCGCCGCAUACCCGACCUACCACGAAGAUGACGGCCAAUACUGGCCUGGCAAAUACGAAAAGUCUUACGUCCCAGCCUACAAGGCCGCAUACCAGAGCUACCCCGAAGACGAUGGCAAAUACUGGCCUGGCAAAUACGAAAAGGCUUACGUCCCAGCCUACAAGGCCGCAUACCCGGUCGCCUACCACUAUUGA